CCUUCUGACGGCCAGCUCGCCCCGGCGGAGGGAGGGAGAUGCACCGCAAGGGGAGCGCACAGACCGCCACUUCUGUUUAAGGAAGCAUAAGGCAUCAUGGUGAGUAAGGAGCCCAGCAAAUGCUUACUCACCACCUCGGAAAGCGAAGUUGAGCCAGCAGCUUCACUCGCUUUGGAGAUGAAAUACGCACUGGAUCCCAACCGGCAGAUUAAGAAACGAAACAAAGCCCUCCAGGUGAGAUUUAAAGAUAUCUGCGAGGCCCAGAAUGAGCAGAGGGACAAACAGCUGUCCACUACACAGGAUCCUGACAAAAGAGAAGCCAAGCCCAUUUCCUAUAAAACGGCUUAUCGCAAGUACAUGACAGUGCCUGCCCGGAGGUCAAUACCCAACGUCACCAAGAGCACAGGAGUUCAGACUUCACCUGAUCUUAAAAAGUGUUACCAGACCUUUCCUCUGGACCGGAAAAAAGGGAAUAUUCUUAAAAGCGCCUCGACUGUCGAUACCUUUAAGAGUCAAAACAACGGGUUUCUAAUAGAUGUUAAGGACAAAGACGGCAGAAGCUCAGGGGAGGCCGUUCAGUGGACCAAGAAGACCGGCAGCCUGCAGACAGCGGAGUUCAUUUCCCACAUCAACAAGCGCACCAACGCGGGAUCUCGUGACAACGGGGCUGAGGCCUGGAAAAGCAGCGAUUUGCACAGCUCUCCCAAAGAGCCGCCUCCUCCUCCCCCAAACUCAGCCGACCCUGCUUCGGAGGAGCCUGCCGCCGACCGGCCACCCAGCCGAGGGAAACAGGCAGUGGGGUGGCCGGGGAGUGAGGAGGCCACCCAGCCCCUCCACGGGAGGGUCUUCAAGACUGAAGUGGCCACCAUUUAUUUACCGGCAUCCAGUUCAAACGCCUCGCAGCCCGACCUGACAAAUCUCGCGGCUGAGACCGACUGGUCACCGUGCCCGACAGCUGAGGAGGACAAAAAGAGGACCGUGCACCUGAACGGUGUUCAGCCCCAGGCAGGAGAUGCUCAAGCCUGCUCAUUGCAGGCACAGUGCCAAGCCACCGAAUGUAACGAACAGACCCUUCAGAUAAACGUUUCGCCUAUGGAGGAGAACCAGCCUUGCCAGACGGCCGUCGCGGUGAGCGGGGAAUGCCAACAAAUCGUGCCUCACACGGAAGUUGUGGACUUGAAAGCGCAGCUUCAGAUGAUGGAAAAUUUGAUCAGCUCUAGUCAGGAAACCAUAAAAGUGUUGUUGGGUGUUAUACAGGAGCUAGAGAAAGGAGAAGCUCACAGAGAAGGGCUUUCAUAUCGGACUGGUCAAGACACGGCUAAUUGCGACACAUGCAGGAACAGUGCAUGUAUUAUCUAUAGUGUGGAAUUGGAUUUUAAACAGCAAGAAGAUAAACUACAGCCAGUUUUGAGAAAACUUCAUCCUAUUGAGGAAACUCAGGUUGCACCUUUGCCUUAUUCUCAGGAGAGCUACUCCUCCACUCCCAAGCAAAAAUCCAAAACUGAAUCAAAAAAGCAUGGAAGAUGGAAACUCUGGUUCCUUUAACCCAAGUCCAUUACAUGUGGAGUUCAAGGCCUUCUUUGAAAAAUAUUUGGAGUUCUAUCAAUCAUCUAUAACGGGAUCUUCGUAGACUGAUCAGUGUUACCGGCCAAUAUAGUUCUGACCAUUCUGGCAGCAUUCAGUUCUCACUGUAUGUACCAAAAAGGCCUUUGUACCUAUAAACUAAUGUCCAGAAGCAAGGCGUUAGAUAAUACCUUGCCAACUUUUAUUUGCAGUUCACCAAUGUGGGAUGUAAAACCUGAAUUGAAAUUUGUACAAAGAUGGAACGUAAAACUAUUUCCCCCCCUUAGAUCUGAAAGCGUCACGUUCUAACCUGUUAAAUUGUAGGCUGUCAUCCUGUACGCAGCUAAAUAUCACUAUUGUUUUAAAGCCUUUUGGGGGCUUGGUUUAUUGUCUUUAAACAGCAACGAGGGGAAAAAAAAAGCAAGCAAGCCUUAUGUUUGCCAUGGUCUUCAGUUUUACAAAUCCAUGUUGAUCGGGGAGUGCAGUUUUCAGCACAUACAUCCUGGACAAAGCACAAUUUUUCAUGUGGUCCAAGAGCAAGAAUAAUCUCUAAGAUGUGACUAUAUGUAUAUUUGCCUUCAUGUGACGUAGGCUUCAACCAAGCUAUCACAUUUCAACAGUGCACCAUCAUUUCUAAUUUAGCUAUGUCCUUAUCACCAGACGAACAAGUUUGCUGCUCAUCUCCAACGGGUGAGCAGCUAGAAACCUCCCAAAGUCAGAACAAGCCUUUAACCACACCAAGCUGACAGGGUCAAGGCUACGGGACAAUCAUCUGUCCUAGAUCUCACUUUCAGUCUUUUGGUACUCACAAGGUCUAAAUGACACAUUCUGGCACAGAAAAAACAACCACCCCACAAACAGAACAAAAGCUCUACGGAUUGUUGGCAUUUGCCAUAAUGUAAUAUCUUUUUGUAACUCAGUCUUUGGAAAACCUCUACACUAUUGCAGAAGGCACCAGAAAAUUUAUAGUAUGCAUUAUGCUUUGAAACCUAUUUGGAAGGAGCACCAAUUUUCAAUGCUAUUUAUUUACUAAGCUUCUCAGAUGGGUUUCCCAAUAUAUUAUAAUUUAUAUCGAAAUCUAUCAAUUGUACUUGCUAACCAACACACUUAGGGAAGAGAUGUGAAUCAGUUUUUUCCUAGUUUUUUGUUUUGUUUUUUUCUUAAAUGACACUUAAAAUUUUGCUCUGAAUUAUAAACUGCAACUUCUUCCUUUAAGUAUUCGUUACUGUCAUUAAACUUGCAUCUAGAGUGACCGUUUGUGGAAAAAUUUCUCCCUGGCUAGAAGUGGCCAGGGAGUGGGAAUCUUCUGGGUUUUUUUUUUGUUUGUUUUUGGUUUUUUGGGUUUUUUUUAAGGAUUU